AUGUUAUCAAAAUUGCGUUUUAGACACUUAUCUUCCUUCACUCAAAUUGUCAAUUUUAACAAAGAUUCCACGCACUUUCAUGAUCUGUACCCUAGUGACAUUUUAAAUAUCGCAAAAUGCCGUGACAAUACUGUUUAUGACAAUAUCAAAUUUCUGGGAUUGAUAUCCACUUGUGUAAUUGCUAAUGUAGAAAAAUGGAACAUGGCAGAUCUAUCAGACCUAACAACUACACUAUUACGGCAGUACUUCAUUUCUAAUAAUAAAUUGCAUCAAAACAAUCCCCUUUACAGCCUUUACAAUCUAAUCCACUCACAGUUGCGGGACAAGAUUGAUGAUAUAUCCCUUUCGGAUUCGGCAAAAAUGGCAGAGACCCUGAAAUUGUUCAACAAAUUGCCCAUUGAAACUUCAAGAUUAUUAACAAAAAAGCUUCACAAGACACUAGUUACGGAUUGUACAUCUCUUAACACUUAUGUGCUAGGAAAUCUAUUAUGGGCAAUGGACAGUCACGUGACAACCGUUUUUUUACGCGUUUUAGUAAACAAAUUAGCAAAUGUACGCCAUUUGGCUCCAAGAUUCCCCGAAACAUGGGUUGUAUACAUGAGAUUUAUCGCCAAGCACCGCUAUCAUUCAAAACAUUUCUUAUUGGGCAUGGCCAAAAAGGCAGUUUCCACUUUAAAAAAUGGCAAAAAUCCAAAUUACAAAUACAAUGAAAUGAUUCCCACAGUUGCCUGGGCUUUUGCCAUCAUUUUCCCCCUUAGGGCAGCCAAUCAGCUUGGAUUUAAGGCCAAAGAAAUCACUAUCAUCAAAAACUUAUACACCACAUUGAUCAAUACCUACCUUGAUGACGACAUAAAGAGUUAUGUAUCGAAUGGUGGAAUUGUUAGACUUGCCUGGAGUUUAUCUGUCCAGGAUUUACUGGGGAAAUAUCCAGAAUUUAUAGCCUCAUUACAGCCAAAUCUAUCAAAUCAAAUAAGCGACACUAGACACGCUACCAUGCUGUACUACUCACUAAGAUAUCUUGAAAUACAAUAUCCACAUCUAAUAAAUACGUUACAACCAAUUUAUGAACAAUGCACCACUUUACUAAAAAACACUCCUAGAAUGAAAUCAAUUCAGCCCUCAAAAAGCCAGCGGCUAGUCUCAGAUGCCCUAAACAGUUGGCGUAUCCCUCACAAAUUCGAGUACACCACACCUAAACUUGUUAGCAUAGACAUAUCAAUAGAAUCCACUUUAUAUGGCGAAAAAAUUGCUAUCGAAGUCGAUGGACCUUGGCAUUUCCUCACCUUCCACAACACACAGGAACGAGUAAGGACGGGGCCUUCGUUUUUCAAGCAUUGGCUUUUGGAGUCUGAGGGGUGGAACGUUAUUUCCCUCCAGCCGUCAAAUCGCAAUUUACAAGAUUUACAAAAUGAUUUACAAGAGUUUGGGGAAGAAUCUUGCCAGAAUUCACGCAGGAUGCAGAGAGAGGAGUACAAAAAGGCGUUAUUGGGCUCUGGUAGCAAGUACUUGUCACUAUUACUUUGA